AUGGCGUACACCGUGCUGGCUGCCUCGGGAGCAGACGCGGCCGCCGGCGAGCAAAGCCUCUGCUCCCGCCUGGGCUUCCGGCGCCUGGCGGGGGGGUCGCUGCGGAGCCGCGUGCGCGCGGAGGAGGCGGCGCCGCGGCGGGGCCCGGAUGCCCGGAGCCCCGGGAGCCCCGGAUGCUGGGGAGCCCCGGACGCUGGGGAGCCUCGGACGCUCGGGAGCCUCGGACCUCGGGGGCCCGGCCUGGGAGCCUCGGACGCUCGGGGGCCCCGGAUGCUCGGGAGCCUCGGACCCUCGGGGGCCCGGCCUGGGAGCCUCGGACGCUCGGGGGCCCCGGAUGCCCGGGAGCCCCGGGAGCCUCGGACGCUGGGGAGCCCCGGACCCUCGGGGGCCCGGCCUGGGAGCCUCGGACCCUGGGGAGCCCCGGACCCUCGGGGGCCCCGGCCGCCGGUCUCUCCUCCAGCGGCUGCUCUCAGGAAGGCGUCCCUUGCAGCCCGCAAAAUGUGGGGGAGGGGGAUCGAGGGAGAGAAUCUGGAACUCGAAGUUUUACAAACCAACGGGCCUUACACGUGCCCGGGAGAUAAGAGUACUCGCUCUCAGAGGCGCGCCCGCUGCGGUGACUCUGCCUCCGCAGGCCGGACACCCCAGCCCCUUGGCAGGAGCCUCACGCUGGGCCGCCCUCCGGCCAGCGACGCCCGGGACGGCCCCGCCUGCAGGGGCGGCGUGACGGGGCAGCCGGAAGGCCCUCACCCGGACCCUCGCCUGCCCCCACCACAGACCUCCCGGUUGUCCCCCGGAGCCCACCGACCCCUGCCCAGGAAAGAGCAGGAAGCGGCAGGGGGAGGGGAGGCCCGCGUGAAAAUCUGGGCUCCCGGGGCUCCGGCUCUGGCCACGAGCCACGCGGGCAUCCCAGCUGCCGCCUCCCUGCCCGGCCCGGCCCUCCCCCGCCUGGGCAGGGGCAGCGAGGGUUCCUUCUCCGGGCCGGCAUCCAGGGCCGGCACGCAGGAGACGCUCGGGGCCCCAUGGGGAACCCACGGCCUCCUCCAAGUCUCCAGCCAGCCCGCUCGGCAGUCACGGCCCCCUCCCCAAAUAUCCCCGUGCGGGCUCUUCCUGCCCCCCAGCUGGCAUCUAUCUGGGCGCCCAACCAAAGGCAAGCUUCCUGAGGGGGCUUUCUCCUCCCGUGCCAGGGCCCAAGUAACUGCCAGCCAGGAGCAGCUGCAGCUGCCCGAGGGAGCUCCCACACCGGGAGCUCUCAGCCCCAAAGGAGUCACAGGCCAGGGAGCAGUGAGGCAUUCUGGGUGCACUCAGGCUCCCGUGGCCCCCUCCGCCCCGGGAGUCCCCAAGCAUUUACUGAGCAUCCGACAGAGCCAGGGAGGGAAGAUCCGAGGGCACGGGGCAGGAGGGCACAGAGGGCACCCCCAACCCAAGGACACUCAGGGCCUUGUGAGAUGCAACCUCUGUAGAAGAGCUCCGGAGCCGCCGUCCAGGCCCAGCCGCCAGCUCUCAUUGUUUGGAGGCCCCGAGCAGCUGUUUAAACAGGCCGGACCAUAUCAAAGCCGCUGGAACGAACUUCCUGCUUCCCGGGACUUCAAAGUGGUCUGUGAACGUCGUCAACCGGCCUGCUCUAGAGAGGCUGACCUAAUGCUGGGGGCAAAAGCUGCACUUUUGCCUGAGAGAUGCCCCCUCCCUCCCCUGGGCCCCUCAGGGCCUCCAGGGACUCGCGGGAGGCAGGAAGGCCGGACCGUGGCCCCCCUCCCAAAGACAGAGAUCUCAACCACAGCAGCCUCCCGCUGGGCCCUGCCUGACCAGGAGCACGGGUUAAGUUUGGGGGACCUCAGAGGCUGCGCAGCCCAGGCCAUGGUGCAGAGGCAGGGGGACAGGAGACCGGCUCCUCCUGACCCCCAGCUGGUGCCCUGUGCCCCAUCCAUGUGCCAUGUCCCCGGGCCCUGUCCGUGUGUCUUGUCCCUGUGCCCCAUCCCCAUGCCCUGUCCCUGUGCCACCUCCAUGGCUGUUGCCACAGUUCUGGCAUCCCCAUCCCAUUAUUUCAAACAGGAACGAGAGGCCCGGCCACCAUCGGGCAUGGAGGUGGAGGCCAUCAUGGGCCUUCUGGAGCUCACCAAGAACUCCUUCUCUGAUGAGCCCCGGAUGCUCCUCCAGCCCCUGCUUGGAGCCUCCAGUGAAGGGGACUUCCUAGUCUUACCUGAGGGGCCAAGUGGAAGCGGCCCCUCCCCCCCGGGGCAGCCCCCCUCCGCUUCCACCCCCCUGCUUGAAACAACCCCAGAGCUCUUAACGUCCCUGGAGAACACACUCUCCGAUCCCCUCCCCUUGGGAGCUCUCCGGGGGCAGCCCUUGCUUUUCCUGAACCUCGGGUCCUCCAAAUGA